AUGUGCAACGUCUCGGUAACAGUCAUAAUUCUCUUCGCACUAUGCUUCCAUCAAGCCAUGAGUGCCGGCUUUAUGGAUGCCGAGUCGGCGAUCCAAGUGCCACGUCGGAGCGCCGAGAUGUACUGGGUAAACCGUGCCAUGCCAAACAAGUACCGGAAAUACCGCACCUACAGUAGGAGAAGUGUCUCACGGUGGAAACGCAUUUAUCCGCUUCCAGGUGCUCUUCAGUCAAUGGCGCCCGAGGAUAAGAAGCGCUACAGUCAACAGCUGAAACUUCGUCUAGCCCAACUCACCCAGCACUGA